GUCCUUUCUGUCCUAAGAUUGGCUUAUUCUCAGCUGAUCGUCGAGGCCACCCUGGCUCAGUGACAUCCCUUGUCAGUCCUGGGCCCUCGCUGAGGGGAGGAGUGUGGGCAUGAAGGUGACAGCAUUGUCGAGGACACAGCCGUCCUCUAAGGAGGACAGGUCUGCUUUGCUGCACAGUUUUGGUGGUUUGGGCACUGCUCCUGGCCAGCUGUGAUUGCCUUGGGCCUGCGAUGAGCAGCUGGGUCCCAGAAUGGAUAAGUGACUGGCCCAGCAUCCCACAGCUGCAGGGAGGACAGAGCUGGGCCUGGUACAGCCAGGUGGCCGUCUCGGCAGGGGUUGAGCUACCCUCAUGGAAGGGAGAGGACCCUACCGGAUCUACGACCCAGGGGGCAGCACGCCUCUGGGAGAGGCAUCAGCAGCUUUUGAACGCCUAGUGGUGGAGAAUACCCGGCUGAAGGGGAAAAUACAAGGGAUAAAGACGUUAGGGGAGCUUCUGGAGGAGUCUCAGAUGGAAGCGUCCAGGCUCAGACAGAAAGUGGAGGAACUGGUCAAGGACAGUGAGCUGCCUCCACCACCUCCUGCCCCUUCCUUGGGCUCCUUUGAUCCCCUGGCUGAGCUCACAGGACAGGAUACACAGGUCCAGGUAGAUCCUAAUGCCACCACUACCACCACCACCACCACCACUACCACCACCACCGAAAACUCCCUGGAGAAGCCAGCACCAGCCUCCAAGCCUCCAUCCAAUGGCGCCUCCUCUGACUUUGAAGUGGUCCCCACUGAGGAGCAGAACUCCCCACCCAAAACCGGCAGCCACCAAAGGAACAUGAUGGAGCUGGGGUCCCCACCCCCGGAGGACGGCAAUCUCCUGCUCCACCUGCAGCGCCUGGAGACCACCCUGAGCGUAUGUGCCGAGGAGCCCGACCACAGCCAGCUCUUCACCCACCUGGGCCGCAUGGCCCUCGAGUUCAACAGAUUGGCCUCCAAGGUGCAUAAAAAUGAGCAACGCACGUCCAUCCUGCAGACCUUGUGCGAGCAGCUGCGCCAGGAGAAUGAGGUCCUGAAGGCCAAGCUGGACAAGGGCCUGGAACAGCGGGAUCAGGCUGCUGAGAGGCUGCGGGAGGAAAACAUGGAGCUCAAGAAACUCUUGAUGAACAGCAGCUGCAAGGAGGGCCUCUGUGGGCAGCCCAGCUCCCCAAAGGCAGAGGGUGCUGGCAAGAAGGGCCUGGCCGGACAGCAGCAGGCCAGUGCGAUGGCAGGUAAAGUCCCCGAGGUGGGGGUCUUGGGCACAGCCGAGAAGAAGGUGAAGAUGCUGGAGCAGCAGCGCAUGGAGCUGCUGGAAGUGAACAAGCAGUGGGACCAGCAUUUCCGGUCCAUGAAGCAGCAGUAUGAGCAGAAGAUCACAGAGCUCCGCCAGAAGCUGGCGGACCUGCAGAAACAGGUGACUGAGCUGGAGGCCGAGCGGGAGCAGAAGCAGCGGGACUUUGACCAGAAACUCCUCCUGGCCAAGUCGAAGAUCGAGAUGGAGGAGACUGGCAAGGAGCAGCUGGCCGUGGAGGCCAAGGAAUUACGCCAGAAGGUCAAGUACCUGCAGGACCAGCUGAGCCCACUCACCCGGCAUCGAGAGUACCAGGAAAAGGAGAUCCAGCGGCUCAAUAAGGCCCUGGAGGAGGCCCUCAGCAUCCAGGCCUCGCCAUCCUCUCCACCUCCAGCUUUUGGGAGCCCAGAAGGGGCUGGGGGCCACCUGAGGAAGCAGGAGCUAGUGACUCAAAAUGAGCUGCUGAAACAACAGGUCAAGAUCUUUGAGGAGGACUUCCAGAGGGAACGGAGUGACCGUGAGCGCAUGAAUGAAGAGAAGGAAGAGCUGAAGAAGCAGGUGGAGAAGCUACAGGCUCAGGUCACCCUGACCAAUGUCCAGCUCAAAGCACUCAAAGAUGAGGAGAAGGCCAGAGAAGCCCUCAAACAGCAGAAGAGGAAAGCGAAGGCCUCAGGAGAGCGCUACCACGUGGAACCCCACCCUGAGCACCUCUGCGGGGCCUACCCCUAUGUCUACCCUCCCAUGCCAGCAGCCAUGGUGCCCCAGCACGCCUACAAGGACUGGACCCAGAUCCGCUACCCUCCGCCCCCCAUGCCCAUGGAACACCCGACCCCACUCCCCAGCUCUCGCCUCUUCGUUAUGCCGGAGUACCCCUGGCGUCCACCCUGUGCAGGGAUCCAAAAUCCGACCUCCCAAGUGAUGGACCCGCCCCCCGACAGGCCUUCAGAAGCAGAGCCAGCUGACCUCAGAUUGCCGAGAAACUAGAGGCCAUGUGCAUGUUGUGUGGCCCGAGCCUUGGCUGAGCAGAGGCUGGGAUGAGCAGGCGGCCCACGUCACAAGCCUCACCUCGAACUGUUUACAAGACUAGGGAGACUCUACCCAGGAGGUCUCUACCAGUUCUUCUGGAUGCUGCCUCUUGCCAAGACAAGGGGGCCUCCCCUGGCUUUGACCUGCCCUCUUUUGCUGAGGCCACCGGCUGUUCAUCCUGAGAGUUGGGUGCAACCAAGACCCCUUCCUCUCAGAACCUUGAAGCAUUUGUUCCAGGCUCUCCAGAGACCACACCCAGUUCAUGUGCGUGCGUGUGUAAUUUUUGCUUCAAGCUCAGCGACAGGACCUGCCCCAUACCCCCUCCUUACCCCUCUGUGAGGAGUUAUGGGAGGGGGCUUCUCUCCAGCAGAAGAGAACGAUGGGAUGUUAUGAUGUCACCGUGAUCUGGGACGAAGGCCACCCCAGCCGUGUCUGAAGGGCCCCAGCCUUGAAGCGGCCCUCAGCCACCGCAGUUAGAUGUUUAUGGCACCAGAGGUCUGUAUUAAGGUAGCUGUCUGUUGCUAGGCAGCUGUUUGCACAAAUCUUGGACAUAAAUCCAACUUGAGGAUCAACA